GCAGAAAGUACGUAUCACAUCUUGAAUGUACUGCGUAGUGUUGGUUGCGAAUGAGAUUGCGUCUCAGUCUGGAGUCUGCCUUUUAUUAGAUUAGUACGAAACGUGAUCCAGAGUUCAGAUCCAAAGUCGUCCAUAUUACAUUCGAAGAGCAAUACUUUUCAAGACGUGUCUAAACGAAAAAAGAAAUGGUUGAAAUAAGUUCAGAAUUGCUUCAGGUGUUCGGUUUUUGGGGUAGCGUAUUGGUCCUAAAAAUGCUGGCCAUAGUGCCGUUGACUGCACGUCAGCGAUUUAGAAAGAAGAUAUUUUUAAGUGAAGAAGAUACUACAUUUUUACCUGGAACCAAAGUGUCAUACAAUGAUGCAGAUGUGGAGCGUGUACGAAGGGCUCAUUUGAACGAUCUGGAGAAUAUUCUGCCAUGGUUCGUAAUCACAUAUUUGUGGUUAGGUACUGGACCUUCACCAUGGUUAGCUAAAAUGUUGAUACGAACAUUUGUACUUGCCCGAAUAUUUCAUACCAUUGCGUACGUUAUAAUGAAGCAACAACCUACAAGAGCGAUAGUUUUCUUUGUGGGAUUUGCAAUUAUACUUUAUCAAGCAUUUUCUACAUUGUUAUACUAUUCCUAAUUUCAUGCAGAGAGAUAACUUUUGAUAAAGUUUUAUAUUUAUAGAUAAAUAUUUAUCUACAUUAAUAUUAAUAUGGGCAUGGAUAAUAAUAGGAGCAUUUAUAUAAUAAAAGUGUUUAGAAGUAAGAUAUUAUUUUAGCAUUUGAUGAUAAAAUAAUUAUUGUUGUCAUAUUUUUAAAAAAGAUAUGUGUUUUACAUUCCUAAAAUAUAUGAUUUAUAGAAAUAUAUA